AUGAGUGAGGAAGGCAACCUAACGCUACAAGAUGAUGCGGAAAUACGGGCUUUGGGAUUGGAGGAAACCUAUAAAUACCUCGGAGUCCAGCAAUCAUAUGAAAUCAGGCAGCAACAAAGUAAAGAGGUUUCUGAAAAAGAAUUCACCCGCCGCAUCAGCAAAAUUCUUAGAACACAGCUCAAUGCCAAAAACAAAAUAACAGCAAUUAACGCUUGGGCGGUGCCAGUAUUUGCGUAUACGUCAGGAAUACUUAACUGGUCUGCUACUGACAUUCGAAGACUGGAUCGGUGGGUUCGAGCUUCCUUCACCAGACAUGGAAUGCUGCAUCCAAACUCAGCCGUCGAAAGGCUUUAUCUACCUAGGGCGGAAGGCGGCAGGGGGUUGACCAGUCUGGAGGCCGCAAAUGAAAAAGAAGUGAGGUCAUUGAAGCACUACUUUCUCUCCAGCAACUUGCCUCUGCAUCGGCGUAUGAUAGUAUGGGACAGAAACUACACUGCUCUCAACUUGUCUGGACCGGAAGAACCUUUACCAGAUUCUUGCAACCUGGAAAGUCUCAGGACUAAAUGGCGUGGUAAAGAGCUGCACGGAAGAUUCCAUGCCAGCAUGCACCAACCAGAGGUAGACAAAAUAAAAUCUAAUGCCUACCUUACUGCAGGAUACCUAUUCCCGGAAACCGAAGGGGCCCUGUUUGCCGUUCAAGAUCAAGUGAUCCCGACUAGAAACUAUGCGAAGUUCAUAAUGAAGCAGCAGGUUGAUAACACCAAGUGUAGAGUUUGCAAUGAAGCAGAGGAAACUGUUCAACAUCUGUCGGGAGGUUGUUCGGUCCUUGCACCCACUAGGUACUUAGGGAGGCACAAUAAUAUGGGAAGGGUGGUCCACCAGAUGCUUGCGCUGAAGUGGGAAAUUUCUGAGAACUUCGUGCCGCAUCAUAUAUAUACGCCACAAGCAGUAGUAGAAAACAGCCGAGCCAAACUCUACUGGGACUUCCCCUUCACAACGGAUAGACCGGUAGAGCACAACCGACCGGACAUGGUUCUGUGGAGUAAGCAGGAGCAGCUUGCGAUAAUAAUAGAUUUUGCUGUACCUCUAGAUCACAACAUGGCUCAAACAUAUGAAACAAAAAUCAAGAACUACGCAGACCUGAGCAGAGAAUUGAAAAUCCAAUGGCAACUCAAGAAAACGGAGAUACUACCACUGAUUGUUAGUUCCAACGGGCUUGUUCAUGUCAACACCGCGAAACACUUAGCCGAACUUCAGCUGCCAGAUGAUACAAUUACCUGGAUGCAGAAGGCAGUAGUGUUGGGAACGGUGGCUAUCAUCAGACAAGUUGUCUUCCCACAGUGA